AUGGCCUCCACAUCUACCGCCCCGGCCCGUGCGGACGUGACUCUCCGUGUAGCUACGCUGCAGGAUGUUGACGCGCUUGCGGCCAUUGCCGACGCGGCGUUCCAGACAGAUUCACAUACUCAGCUCAAAGCUGUGUUCAACGGUGCUGCUUCAUUCAAGGAUGGCAUGCGUGAAGGGCUAAAAUCGUGGCUGGCGUCACCGAAAGUUGACCUGAUUGUCGCCGAAUCAUGUGGAAACCCCGUCGGGUGGGUUGGAUGGGCGCGACGAGGGUUUGCGGGGGAUACCGACCUACCUCUGUCAGGUCCCGCCGAAGAACCGAAAGCAGUCACAGCACACGAGGCCGAUCCGUUGAAGCCCAAUACCGUAAAGGACCUUGAGCAGCUUACGAACGCGUCGAUGCAGUAUUGGGUCUGUCGACUCAUGCCUGAAGGCUGCCGCUGUCGUAUCGUUGUCAGCUGCGUUGUGCAUCCGGAUCAUCAGGGGAGGGGUAUAGGCUCGAGACUUAUACGCUGGGGAACGGAUAAGGUAGACCAAGAAGGGAUAUUCUGCUGGGUGCAGUCCUCAAUGUCUGCCGUAGCCGCAUACCAAAAGUAUGGCUUUCGGGAGGUUGGUAGACUGGAAGCUAAUCUGGACGUGUAUGCUGAAGGAAAAGAGCCCGGGGAAGAGUUUGAAAAGAUCACAGGCAGCCGGGAAACCUGGGGAAACUAUGAGUGGGUGUAUAUGCGAAGGGAGGCCAAAUCGUGA